UCCUUCCGCCAUUUUACAAUCUGUCCUAGCACGAGAGUACACGGUCGUAGUCGUCGUGUAAUAUAACGAAUACAUUUCGCACACUAAAUUAGCUUAAAAUUAUCUGACUUUUCGAGUUUAAUCAGUUAUUUUAUUCGGGAGAAGAAAGAUGCCGAGCCACCCGCUUCGCGUGGCGGUUGUGUGCUCGAGCAACCAGAACCGCAGCAUGGAAGCUCACAACAUCCUCAGCAAGCGUGGUUUUGACGUGCGAUCAUUUGGGACGGGAUCACACGUGAAAUUGCCAGGCCCAGCACCGGACAAGCCCAACGUGUAUGACUUCAAAAUCACUUACGAACAGAUGUACAACGAUUUGGUCCGCAAGGACAAAGAACUAUACACACAGAACGGAAUCCUCCACAUGCUGGAUCGCAACAAGCGCAUCAAGGCACGGCCGGAGCGAUUCCAGAGUUGCAAGGACCAGUUUGACCUGGUCGUCACCUGUGAAGAGAGAGUCUAUGACCAGGUGCUAGAGGAACUGAACUCGCGUGAGCAGGAGACCUUCCAGCCGGUACACGUGAUCAACGUGGACAUUCAGGACAACCACGAGGAGGCCACUCUCGGAGCCUUCCUGAUCUGUGAGCUCUGCCAGUGUAUCCAGCACACUGACGACAUGGAGAAUGAGAUGGACGAGCUGCUGCAGGAGUUCGAGGAGAAGAGUGGCCGGCCCUUCCUCCACACCGUCUGCUUCUACUGAGCAGCUGGCUGCUCCAUGCGCUGUGCUGCGACGUCAUUGCACUGUCUCUCCCCAAAGUCACACAUGAAUUUACACAAUAUACACAUAUGCUGUGGGGGGUGGUGGGUUACCCACGAUGCAACAUCAACCCCCCCCCCCCCCCUCCCCCACACUCACCCCUGCCAUUCUCUAAUGACCUCCUACCCUCUCCAAGUACAUAGGAAGGGCAUUGCCUCCUCCUCCCACCAUAGUCCAGGGAGCCAAGGAGGGUUGAUCUACUCUGCUCACAUGUGAACAAUGUCACUACAGCUGUGAGGUGGCGUUAAAUGGUUACUUUUGUUUACUUGGUGAGAUUUGAAUUUUGGCUGUGUAGAGACCGAGGUGUAAACCAUCUUUUGCACAGCCUUGUAGAGAUACAAGAUUAGGGUGCAAUAGCUGGCUAUGUAGCCUUCCUUCCUAGUCAUUAUCCCACCCUCCCCAUCACUGCUCAGUGAUGCCCGAGUGGCUGUAGGGGGGUGUGUGUGUGUGUGUGUGUGGGGGGGGGGGUGGUGUACUAAUGUUGAUCAACCCAGUCAUGUCCCAACAACUUUCUACUUUAACUCCAAUUACCAAGGCUAUGGGUCACCUCAUUCUAAUCCAAGACCUUUGCCCCCUCCAGCUCUCUGUCACUCUCUCCGACAUGGAUACAACAGUUACGAUGGCAGAAGCCCCAUUUCACUCUCUUCGCUCGCUCCCUCCCUACUUUCCUUUCUUCUUCCUCCCCCUUUCUUUCUUUCUUUUUCUUUCUUUCUCUCUCUCUCUGUCUCUCAGUGCCCCUCUACUUCUGUUUUCCCCUCUGAGGGCAGAUUGGUUUACUGUAAGUACUUUUAAGUGUAAUAAUCAUUUUCCUUUUUUAUCACUUUUGCUUUUGUCAAAUACGCGUGAUGCCCUGGGUUGUGCAAAAUGAACACAAGUGUAGUUUCUUCUAUUUUGUGUGAGUGUGUGCGUGUGUGAGGAGAGCUAAGAUGAUGUGUAGUGUUGUGAUGUGAGUGUUCUUCUCGAGUGUACCGAGAAAAGAUAUUGAUCCAAGUGACGAGAAGGCAGUGAGUCAAUGAUUACAUCUUUAUAAUUCAAUCACAUUGUUUUGAUACAUAUUUUAAACCUCAGAUUUGUCAUCUGCUCAGGGGGGAAAUUGUUUUUUUUUUUCUUUUUUGUACAUUUAGCAAGACUACAACAUACUGAAUUAAUUGCAAGCUGAGAGCUCAGUCCAGAGUGCCUGAAAUUCCUUUUGUAAAUAAUGAUUUCGCUAAAGGAAUAAAUGUGUCUAGCAAAA